AUGUGCCGCAGCGUGGCUGGAGCGCCCGCGCUCGCGGAGCUGCUCUCCCACGAGGUCGUCGAGCCCCGCAUCGCGCACCCGGCGAACAGCGACGCGUACCUGGAGGAGUACGCGCGGCGCUUCGCGCGGACCGUGUACCACCCGAUGCGCAGCUGCCGCAUGGGGCCCGACGGCGACCCGCUGGCGGUCGUGGACUCCGCCUGCCGCGUUCGCGGGGCGCGGCGGCUGCGGGUGGUCGACGCCAGCGUCAUGCCCACGGCCAUGACAGGGAACACCAACGCGCCCACCAUCAUGAUCGCGGAGAGGGUGGCCGCCAUGAUCCUGGCCACGGCGUGA